CCCUCUCCUGCGCCAUUCCCUCGAAAAGUUUCGCCAUCAGGAUGCACCGAUGUCUGCUCAUCCUCGAGGUCAUCUCUGAAAUAUGCUUAUACCUCAGUGAUCAAGACAGUCAUCGUUCGCUUGCAUCGCUCGCCCAAACGUGUCACGCUCUCCAGGAUCCCGCACUCGACCACCUAUGGCGCACUCUCGUUGGUUUUGCACCCCUCGUCAAGUGUCUUCCAAAUGAUAUGUGGAUAGAGGUGGAUAAAGGUUCAGGGACAAAAUCACUCACAAUUUCGCGUCCGCUGCGCAGCGCAGAAUGGACACGUUUCCGAACUUAUGCAAGGCGUGUCCAUGGACUAGUUCACCAUGACAAGAUAGACCCAGACAGCUACACCCAUAUCCAUUCAUCUGUCUUUAUCGCGCUCGGCUCCCCUGUCAUACCAGGUCCACUGUUUCCCGAAUUGCGAUGCCUGGUCUGGAACGACAUCGAGAAUGAAGAGGCGUUCAGGUUUCUGAACGUCGCCCUGGGUGAGAAGACACAAGUCGUGCAGAUCGCUCUCCCCGACCCGAACAAGAACUCAACGAGUUCAACGUAUUCCUACUCAACGAAACGACCCACCAUUACCCCUGCGCUCCGCUUCUUGCCCUCCAUAGCAAGGUGUGCUCAGCUCGAGGUCCUGGAGCUCGGUUAUCCGCGCUUCACUUCGCAGGAUAACCCAUACAGCGAUGCCACAACUGAGCUCGUCUUGCAGUUACAGAGCCUUGAUGACCUCUCCUGUGGCAGUCUAAACGAGGACGCGCUGGUGCAUCUCGGGCGACUCCCGUCGCUGACUUCGUUGUCCUUCACCCUGCCAGCUGGGAACGUUGCAGAACGUCUUAUGGGACAGAACAUGUUCCCGAAUCUCGAUUCAGUUGACAUUCAGUCCGGGUCGUCGCUCGACGAGGCAUGUGCCUUCCUCGCCGUGCUCGCAAAGCGCCCAAAGUCACUGACUUUCACGGUGCCGAAACUUAUACACCACAUGCUGCGCAAACUGAUCAACCAACUGGCCCCUGGCGACGUAGACGAAAGCGGCAGUUCAAAAAGCGACGAAAUUCAGGCCAACACACACACGGAGCUCACUUUUGACGCUUACACCAUCGUCAUCGACCGUAACUUCCCCGCCGUCAUUCCGCUUGAAGAAGAGGCUCUCCGGCUUAGCGACCUCGCGCCCUUGUUUAAAUUUCGUUCCCUGGAACACCUCGAGAUUGAAGACUGGAUGGCGAUUGUACUGUCCGACUCGGACCUGGGCGAACUGGCCGCGGCCUGGCCAAACAUCAUCACACUCAGUAUCUGCGGCAAGUAUGGCUGGCCAGCGGAGCCUCAGGUCACAUUUGCGGGCGUACUCUCCGUCUUGCGGCUAUGUCCCAAGCUGGAGGCGCUCGGCAUUGUGUUUGACGCACGGAAAACCGAAGGUCUCUUCCGGGCUACUAACAACGAUGACUCUGCACUCGAGUCCGGUUCCGGUGCUCACCAGGGGCAAGGCUACACGCGCCCAGGCGCAGGCGUAUGUAACACGAGUGUGGAGACGCUCCUGCUGGGCAAUUCACCGAUCGAUGAUGCGAAGCGUAUAGCGGCGAUCCUCUCGGAUGUGGCGCCGAAUGUCAAGUCCAUCAACUCGUGGGACGAGACUGCGCACGGAAAUGUUCACGAUGCGUCUCGGAUGCGGGCUAUGUGGAAGACAGCGGAAGAAUGGAUAAGCACGUUCGCGAGUAUCAGAAAGGAGGAGCGAGCGUGGAAGGCGUUGGAGGGGCCUCAGCUACCAACUAGUUGAUCGCUGUCUCCUGUUUUUUUUCUGAUAGUUUUCGUCUGCUGCGGGUUGACAUAUUUAAAGCGUCAGGAAGGAAGAGCGUUCUUGGAAGCUGGCAGACGAACCUUCGC